AUGUUUCUUAUUGGAAUUUUAGCAUUUGAAGAUGCAUUUCCAGAAUGCACAGUAACACCAUAUAGAGACGACAAAUAUGUGUUUCAAACAAUUAAAAUACCAAAAGGAGAAUGCUUUACCACAAAUCAGACUGCAAUGAUUGGAACAUAUUUACAUAAAACAAAGUUUAAUGUAUCAUACAAAACAUCAACAAAGGAAGGUGAUCAAAUAAAAUUAAGUAAUGAAAUAAAAUAUGAAACAGAAAAUCCAAUUUUUUUGAAUAGUAACAGUACUAAUUACAAUUAUUACAAGAUUUCUGCUGUUAAUGCUAGCGAAGAUAUGUAUCUUUAUUACAUGGUAAUUGAUGAAUCACGAGAUCGAAUAGAGACAUAUAUUGUGAAUAGUUAUGAAGGAAAGCUAAAUAUAAAUUCAGGUAAUAACAAAAGGGUCAUUAUAACUUUCCUUAUGAAGCAUCAAUCACAAUCAAUUACAUUUGAUUCGAAUCGUACAAUUGAAUUAGUAAUGGAUGGAGCAUUUUGGACAUCCGAGCAACAAACAGUUACAUCAAACAUUCCAUCAACAUACUGGUGGAUAGCUAAAGAACCUACCAACACAAAAAUCAAAUUCAAUACACCGUCAUUUAGUCAUAUUUUUGAUUCUAAUCAACUUCCAUAUUAUAGCGGUGUCGUUCCUCCAUAUAAUGGACCAAUAUCUUACAAAGAAGCAACAGAUGCUGAUUAUAACCGUGAAAGAGCAAUACAAGAUGAAAUUGAUGCAUCAUAUUAUUCUGAAUGCAAGUAUUCAUAUACAAAAGAUGAUAUUUUAGUGAAAACAUUCAAUCUCAAACAUGGUGAAUGCUUAAAAUCAUCAACUCCUAUGAUUAUCUCUGGAGAUAAGAAUUACCAUACAUCUGGCAUAUUUAUCAAUAAUGUUAGAAAAAACCAAGGAACAUUUCAAUCAAAUAAUCCAUUAUUUAUAUCAGUAAAUGAUGAUCAAUCAAAUAUUUAUUCAAAAACAAUUUGUUCUGAAGAAAGUGAUUGCAAGAUUCAGGUUUCAAAAAUAAUGCCGACAACAAGUGAUAGGACAUCAUAUGUAAGUACAACAAGUAAUGGAACAUUUUCUGGAAAAGUUACAAAUAAACAGCCAGUUGGUUAUUCAUUUAUAUCAUUGAAACCAUUGUCUCUUUAUAUUGAGUCCCAGAAUGAUAUAUAUAUUUCAAGAAAGAAUGAACAAACAAGACGUUAUAUAAAACAAAAUACAACAAUAGCUACAAAUGGAUCAGAUUCUUUCGAAAUAGGAGUUAAUGUUAAAGAAGGUGACUAUAAGAUUACAGUUUCAGAAGGAAAAUCAUCAUAUGAAGAUGAAGAAUUCUUAUUCCCACAGUAUACAGGAAAAAUUCCAGAUGAGUGGGGUGCCAUUAGUAUUGAUGGUGUUGAGCCUGUAAAAGCCAAAAGAGGAAAUAGUAAAUCUAAAGAAAUUUCAACAGGUUUAAUCGUUCUGUAUGCACUCUUGGCAUUUGUUGUCGUUGGAACUAUUAUAGCCGUAAUUGUGUGCUUUGUUCUUAACAAGAAGAAAGCUGAACAAAGCUCUCAAACCUUUCCUCAAAUGCUAUAG